AUUUUCAGCCACAAAUCAAAAUGCAUUUCUCCUGGCUAUCUGUCUUCAUCUUGGCCAUAAUUGCUGUGGCUGUUUCCGCUGGACAAUGUAAUGCUCCAUUUAAGAAGGAAGGACCUAACUGCGUUGUCGAACGUAUCAUUCACGGAGACUGCCCAGCUGGAUCGCAAUACAGUGUCAACAUCAACAAAUGUGUUUAUAAAAAUUAAAACAAAACGUGUAAAUUUAAAUAUAAAGUAAAAUGGAAA